AUGCGGUUCCUCGUAGUGUUCGUCUGCUUGUUCGCCGUGUCCGCAGCUCUCAACUGUUACAUCUGUAACAGCUUGGCUCAACCGGAUUGUACAACUAACUACCAAUCAUUCAACAAGAUAUGCCCAGUCAAAUCAUUCGCCGGAUUGAAAGCAGUGAAGCCAGUCGGAUGCCGUGUUACCCGUCAAUACGUCAACGAAGAAACUUCGAUCGUCAGAGAAUGCGCUUACACUGGAGAGGAUGUUGACAAGAAAUCAAACAAGGGAUCCCUGGGAGUGUCUCGUGUUUACUCUCAAUGCUCGGAAGCUCUCUGCAACUCUGCCAACUCAUCUUUCCACUUCAUCACUGCUGCCAUCCUCGUCGCCGUCUACAAAAUCUUCGCCUAA